AUGGGAAACAUCUUGCUUGCCGUAACAAUUCUGAUUGGUUUAAACAUUUUGUCCCCCUGCACAGCGCAUCUUCCUUACUACAACAAUCGUGCAACGCCCCCAAGGACUGUUACUAACCAAAACUACUGGUACACUUCCGGCCGUCAUUCUUCGUAUCAUCACCAAAAAGAGAACUACUCAAUAUGGCACCAUAUUUCUUCGAAACCAACAGUGUCUCGUUUGCUGUGGCAAAAUAAAUUUGUUCCAUUCCAACACAACGCUGUUAAACCAUCAUCUUCCAUGGCGCAAACUACGAAAUAUGAUCGUUCACCGCCAAUUCAACAACCAUCGCUGACAACUCAACCAGAAUACAACGUACCAGCAGAUAAGCAAACAGAUUUGUCUGAUCUUAAGACCUUAAUUCACCAGCUUGAACGAAAGCUAGAACAAAUAGAGCAACAACUUUCCGGAAAUGGUACCAUCAAACAAGAUCAUGAGAGUGUGACUAAGGAAACCUUUCCUAAAUCAGAUCCAAAACUAAUAGAAGAUAUCGCAAACGAUCCAUUUUGGGUGAAAUUGGAUGUAGUAAAUAAGGAGAUCGAUCUUGAACGUUUGAUUAAAGCCGUUAAGCUUUUGUUAGAAAAUUUAAACGAAUCCACACCUGCACCAAUCGCGGAUCGGUCCGAAGAGAACGUGUAUGAUUUAAUAGAUAUUCGAAGUAAUUUUAGCCGCUAG